CGCUGAGGAGAACUCGUAACCUCAGCACAGAGAAACGCCAGAAGCCCCGACGCUCCAGAGCAGCCCCGCCACCUCCCUCCCGAGCCGGCCCAUGCCUGAGGAAGAAGGGCUGGGCUGAGGCGUGGCUAAGUGGCGCCAUCUCCCCGCGCCGGGCGCUCGGAGAGGGGCUGCGAUGGUGGCUCGGGUUUGUGCCUGGGCUCUGCGACCCACAGUCGUCUGCGGAGGCGGUACGGGGAGGAGGGCAGCCCUGCGAUGGCUUUCUCCGUCCUGGGGAGGAGCCGUGAACUCGCGUUUCUCCGGUCGCUUUCGGUCAUCUGAUAUGAAUGAUGCGCUCCGAAAAGAUGAACGGAACAAAAUCAUGUCUAGAGGAUUACCAAAACAAAAGCCAAUUGAAGGAGUUAAGCAAGUGUUAGUAAUAGCUUCUGGAAAAGGAGGUGUUGGAAAAUCAACAACUGCAGUAAAUGUAGCUCUUGCAUUGGCAGCAAAUGAUCUGACAAAAGCUGUUGGUUUGCUUGAUGCAGAUGUAUAUGGGCCUUCUAUUCCAAAAAUGAUGAAUUUGAAAGGGAGUGCAGAAGUGACAUCGAAGAACUUAAUGAGACCUCUUGUCAACUAUGGAAUUGCAUGUAUGUCUAUGGGUUUCUUGGUAGAAGAAACUGCACCUAUUGUCUGGAGAGGCCUCAUGGUGAUGUCAGCCAUACAGAAACUACUGAGGCAGGUUAACUGGCAGCAAUUGGAUUAUCUGGUAAUUGACAUGCCUCCGGGGACAGGAGAUGUACAGUUGUCAGUCUCACAGAAUAUCCCAAUUGCAGGGGCUGUGAUUGUGUCCACUCCUCAGGAUAUAGCUUUACUGGAUGCCCGUAAAGGAGCUGAGAUGUUCAGAAAAGUGAACGUGCCUGUUUUGGGUCUUGUCCAAAACAUGAGUGUUUUCCAGUGCCCAAAAUGUAAUCAUGAAACUCAUAUUUUUGGAACUGAUGGUGUGAGAAGCCUAGCAGAUGAUCUUGGCCUGGAUGUUUUAGGAGACAUUCCUUUACAUCUGAACAUAAGAGAGACCUCUGACAGUGGGAAGCCAGUUGUAGUGUCACAGCCUGAAAGCAACAUGGCCCGAGCCUAUUUGAAACUUGCUGCUGAAAUAGUGAGAAGAUUGCCAGUUUCUCCAACUUGACAUCAUCUUUUUGUGGAUCUAUGAUGGGAGUUUUACCUGUGAAGCAUGCCAUAGAAUAAUUGAAAGAAAACAGUGAUGUACUAUAAAAGGAAGCAAUUGUAUUUUGUAUUUAAGAAUAAAUCCCCAUUUUAGAUCAUGAAAAGUAUUGAGUGAAUUAUUUUACUAUCCACACCUAUCUAUAUCUAGUCUAGCAAUAAGAGUAUUGCUGCAGUUCAUAUUUUGAGUAUUUGCAGUAUCCUUAAACAGCAAGAUGAGCUAGUGCAUCCAGCUGGUCAGUGCCUGAAGACCUUCAGUAUAUUCUUCAGUAGCCAUGAUAUAAUAAACUGCAAUCUUUAGGGCAGUGGUAUUCACUCCAUGACUCACAAAAAGGUGCAUUCACAGUUGCCAUCAUCCAGAAGAGCCACAUUUACUUCCAUCCCUUUCCCAUCUUACUUCCAUGGGGCUUGCACCUCAAGGGGGCUUGCAGUUUACCUAUUCCUCCAGUGGUGCCUGUUUCAAGGUGGGAAUCACCUGCCAACCACAAGCCCCACAGGGCAAGGACCUUGCUAACUUCCUUGAAGCAUUGAGCAGAUGUCACAGGGGGAAACAGUUCUCAGAAGAACCACAGGUGGCAUGUCAGAGAGCCACAACUACAUCCUGAAUCACUGAUUAUCAUUGAGUUAGAGAGAUUUAUUCUAGGUCUUACCAUCAUUAUGGAAGCUGAGUGCCUUAAACCAAAAUGACUACAAAAUUCUGACA